AUGGGCAAGGACAGGACGUGCGAGGUGGUGUGCCCGCCGGAGCGGCACAUCCCCCUCCCCCCCCACGAGCUCAGUCACGUGUUCCUGUCCCGGCUGGCCGACAGCGACAAGGAGAAGUACCGGGAGCUGCUGAAGCUGUUCCAGGGCACGUCGCAGUUCGAGUUCGUGGAUAUCAGGCAGAGGGUGAAACGCAACUUCCGGCUGUUCUCGCUGGGCGCCUCCGGCGAGGAGUACAAGUCACGUGGGGGCUUCCCCAAGAAGCAGGCCCUGGAGGAGCGGGAGCAGACCUUCAUCAGCGACUUCAUCCUGCUGAUGAGGGCGGCGCACUACCAGCUGCUGACCCAGAGGGAGUGGGACACCGCCCUGGCGGAGGAGUUCCAGCUGAACAUGCCCGUCACGGUGAACUGGGACUACCUGGACAAGGACAUGCUGACGCGGUACUGGGAGGGCCGGCCGGAGGAGCGCGGGGGGCUGGCGGAGAUGUCGGACAGCAUCUUGGUGUUCCACAGGGGGGUGGGCGUUAUCAAGGUGGAGGGCUUGUUCAUCAGCGAGAAGAUCGACCUGCUGGUGGCCCACUUGGUGGGCGCCAUAACGGGGCCGCUGUCCAGGCUGUGGAAGUGGGCGACCGGGAAGAAAGAGCCCGCCGGUUACGAAGGAGUGGCCGAGGGAGAGGAGGAGGAGGAGGAAUGGAAGGUGCACAAGAACAGGAGGAUCGUGCAGCGAAGGACGCUGAACAGGGUGCUGUACGACAUCCCAACCGUGCUGAAGAAUGUAUUCAAGAAGGUGGAGAUCCAGGAGCCCACGUUCGAGGAGAUGCUGGUCAUGUAUCGGAAGAAGGGCCACAAGCCGAAGGACCUCAGGGCAACGCCCCAGGCGGCAAAAUUGGCGAAGAGAAACAUCUUCGUCAAAACGUUCAAGGACGUGCCAAUGGCUGACGCCGAGUUGAUCUUUCCUGAGAAGAAGGUGUUCAUCAAGCAAAUUAUGAAGAUCCAACUGCUGGUGACGGUGAUCGCAGCUUUCGCCGCUGCAGGGGGAAUGCUCGUUGGGACGGAUCUUGACUACGCCGUGAUUGGCUCAGCUCUCAUGUUGAUCCUGGGGCGAGCCACCCAAGUGUACACGUCUUUGGCACAAAGGAAGGCUGAACUGACGAGCGAACUUUCCAAGAUGGUUUAUAGCAAGGCCAAGGAUUCCCAAGAGGGAGCAUUGAAUCAAGUUCUGGACGAAAUGGCCGACCAGACCCUCAAGGAAACUAUCUUGACGUAUUCCCUGCUCUUGACGCAUCAUGGGCCAUUAACCAAGAAAGGAUUGGAUGAGGAGUGUGAGCGAUUCCUUGAGGAGAACUUCAACAUGAAGAUAGACUUCGCACUUGAUGAGUCCCUUCAUCGCCUUCAAAAAGAAGGGCUGGUAUCCACUGAGAGUGACGUUGGGGUGCUUUGUGUAAAGGAUCUGGACAGGGCCACGGGGCUGAUGAAGGAAAAGUGGCAUGGUUACUUCGAUGAGAUGAAUGACAUGGACGAGUCUAGCUCCUUCUUGCAUGGAAGCAAGCUUCAGAAGUCCAGUACCUUCUUGACACAGGCGACUACACUGGGAGGAUCAACUGUGGGGGCGGUCAAGCAAGGAUUUCGUUCAGGGAUACAAGGAGUUAAGAGUGUGUUCACUGGCACGAAGAAAGCGGACGACAGUGAAGGUGGUCAUCCUGGCCUGUUGAAUCGCAUCAAGACCCGUGUCACAUCCAAGAAGUAG